CUGUGUUUCCGGGUCAGCCGGAUGUGUUGGGAUCACCAGUUCUUUGGAGGUCCUUGUCCGAGUCCGCAGUGGAUUCGGUCCCUCCGCUUUUUCAGGAUAUGGGCGCAGAGAGCAGUGCGGCCCGGAGUUGCCGGCUCGAAGAGCCGCCGGUCACUCUGCCCGCCGGUCUCAGCGUCUAUCGGGCGGUUCUGGAGGAAGAGCGGCUGGUGUCCGUGUUCAUCUAUCAGCGGGGCAACGAGGAGGCCGUCAACAAGGCAGCCAAGCAUUUGAAAACUUUACGCCAUCCAUGCCUGUUGAGGUUCUUAUCAAGCACAAUUGAAGUUGAUGGAAUCCACUUGGUUACUGAACGUGUACAACCUCUGCACAUGGUCCUUGAAGAUCUUUCCGCAGAUGAGAUCUGUGCAGGAAUCUUUGACAUCCUCCAAGCACUGAUCUUCCUGCAUGACCGAGGAAAGCUGAGCCACAAUAAUGUAUGCAUUUCAUCUGUGUUUGUGAGUGAAGAUGGUCACUGGAAGCUGGGAGGUAUGGAGUCCAUGUGUCAGUUCUCUCAAGCAUCAGCUGAGUUCUUGUCCAGCAUCAACUCGUUGAGAGAUUUGAGUAGUGUUGCUCCUGAGGAGCAGUCUGCAGGUUUUCAGAUUCUUCCAGAAAUGCAUGGGCACGCUCGAGAUGCUUACUCGUUUGGGACGAUGGUUGAGAAACUCCUUCCAUUGCUGAGUGAUGUAGUUGCAGAACAUUUGCUGACAAGUUUUCAAGAAACCUUGAAAGAAUCCCUCUUAAACCCGGACCCAAUGCAACGUCCAUCUUUACAGAGUAUAUUGACUCAUGAGUUCUUUAGCAGGAACGAGUUCUUGGAAGUUGUAAAUUUUUUAAAAAGCUUGACAUUAAAAACUGAGGAAGAGAAGAAUGAAUUUUUCAAAUUCCUGUUGGAUCGCGUUCAGGGCUUACCUGAAGGUCUCAUGGCCUCCCGCCUGGUGCCACAGCUGCUAACUCCACUGGUGUUUGCAGAACCAGUAGCAAUCAGAAGUUUCCUUCCUCACCUCCUCAGGCCAAAGAAAGACUCACCUCGUGAUGAUGAAUUCAAUUGCCUCCUGUCACCCAAUGUCUUUCGAGAGCAUGUCAUCCCAGUUCUGUUGAAACUUUAUAGUGUGCGAGAGGAGCAUGUGCGAAUGGUGCUGUUAUCUCACCUAGAUACUUAUGCUGAUCUUUUUCAAUUGGAAGACCUACAGGAAAUUGUUCUUCCACAGGUGCUACUAGGUUUAAGAGAUACCAGUAAUACUCUAGUGUCUGGAACGCUCUGCAGCCUAGCAGUGUUGGUGCCACUUCUUGGAGCUGAUGUAGUUGUUGGAGGUGAGAGAGCAAAGAUCUUCAAACGUACAACACCCAACUUCAGAUCAACUGAGAUCACCCCCGAAGGCUCCCCUGCACAUGUCAGCAAUAAUCAUGAGCUUUACAGUUCUCUGGCCUUAAACAACAAUUCAUUCAAACUGUUUUCGAAGAUCUCUGAGCCGAAGAAACCCACAUUUGGGAAAGAGAAAGGGCACACAAAUCUUACUCAAAAUCUGCUGUCUUCAAGGUUUCAGAAAUUGGGAGAAGCAGCACCAACAUCCAUAAUGUCAAUGAAUGGUAUUCGUGGGAACAACAUUUCUGGUGCUGGUAGUACACAAAAUUCGGUGCUGAUCCAUGAAUCUGCUGAGGAUUGGCCAGACUGGAGCAAGUCGGAGGAGAAUGAACAAAAUAUAGGAAUUAAAAUUGAGCCUACAAAGGAUUGCAUCAGUUCAGGUAAUCCAUCUGAGAACAUUGCUGUGAAAGAUGAACCAUGGGAUGACUUUGAACCUGCGAUAGAUAAUCGUUCUAGCACAAUAAAACCAGAACAAUUAAAUAAGCAGCAGACUUCUAAUUUAUCUAUCACUGGGAAUAUGGCCCAGUCCAAAGGCAUGAAACUUUCUUUAGCACUGAAAACUCGCUCUGUUACUUCAUGUGAGAAUUGGAGGAAUGAUAAUUGGAACCAGCAGAACUUAUCAAUAAAGGAGAGUACAAAAGCAGAGUCAACUGGACAGACGAUCUCCAGACAGAAAAUUACUGCACAGAGAACCUCUUUGAACACAGGGCUCGGAGAGGAAUUCACUAUAAAUGUCAAGAAAAAGCCACAGAGAGACCCUGAACUAGAUCUGUUUGCUGAUAUGAUACCAGACAUUAAAGUUUCUUCCACAGGUUUGUUAAUGCCAGCACAAAGAACAGAACUGAAUGUUACUGCCAAACCAACUGAAGAAGCAUCAAAAUGUACAGAGAAGAUUCUGAGAGCAGAAGAUAAUUCACCGCCUCUUGCACUUGCAUCUAAGUUUGCAGCAGACGUUGUUGAGGUGGAAACUGAAGGCUGGGAAGAUGAUCUGAACUGGGAGGAUAAUAGUUGGUGAAAUAGAAACUGUGCCUAAAACAAUUUUGUAAAUGAAGAUCAAUAUCUUUGAUACUCAAACACUCUGGCCCUACCACCACCACCUAUCCUUUUGACUAUGACUUCUGCCAACCAGUUAAACACAAAAAGUGUAGCUGGUGGAAUAAAGAUGGUGGUGUUUUGUUGCCUCUGCAAAUACCUGAAGAAACAGUUUUUAAAGAGUAUCUGAGAAGGAUAUAUCAGGAACUACACAAUUCUGUUAACUGUUUGCUUGUUGGGAUAGGUCACCUUAGUGAUAUUUACUGAGUACCAGAAAUGCUUUAUUUUGAAAAUUUGAUUCUAUUUGUGAAUAUCUUAAAUGUUAUAUAGAGGAAGGUGUACUGCUGGUUUCUCCUCUGUGACUUGCAACUAAUUUACCCUAUAGAUUAAAGUGCAAGUUUCUUUGGUGAAAUGUUUGAGUAAUCCGGAUUUCGGUGAAGUGAUUGUUACUGUGUUACUGUUUUCUGUGUACAUUUUAAACUAAAAGUGUAACAAAGUAAUUUUGCUUGCACUUCAGCAUGAAAUGCAACCUGAGGCUGCCCCAAUCCCCCUUAUUAAUGUAAUAGAUUAGGACUCCCUGGAGGAGUUACUCAUUCAGAAGUCACUCUAGCCCUAAUCUCAUGCUCUACGGCUAUAGAAUUCAUGCUGCUGGUGAAGUCAGUGUGCAGAUAUCAAAAUUAUAAAAUGCACCAUUAAAUGCCAAAUGGUUCUGAGAUACAACACUUAGUCAGUAAUUUGGUGCAAAGCCCUGCCUUAGAAGCAAAUACUACCCGUUUUAAUUGGUAAAUGUAAAGAUUGCAACACCCCAUUAUUGGAGGUAGUUGGAAAGGUUGGAAUUAUAGUUAGUUUUCCUCCUGUCAAGUAACAGUUGGUGUUUUGAGUCUUAAUACAGUUAAGUAUAAGUUCUGUCAUAUACACUGAAGAAACAGAUAGGACAAGGAUGUUUUUAAGAUCAUUGCGCUAAAGCAGAGCCAAAGUUGUUUUCCCCCCCCCCCCCCCACCCCAUUUUUGGUGCCAUGUACAUCUCGACUAAUUCUAACCUCAUGAACACCAGUGACACUUGAGUGUUAGGAAAUCACCAUAUUAGUAAAGUCAUUGAAAUAUUUGUUUCGGUGCAUGUAGAUACUUUUGACUCAAAAUACCAAAUAGAAUGUUUAAAUCAAGGGCUUGAUACAUAUUGCAAUAUUUGUAAGUGAAAUAGUGAUGGGGAUUUUAAUGAAUACUUUUGUAAUUACAACUAUUUUGUUUAGGAACUACACCAAAAUAGUUCUAAUUGAACAUUUGAUUGUAUUUCUGAAUAUGGAAGGUGAAUGUGUAAAUUUUAGAUUAUUUUCUGAUGGAAACAUUUGCUUUCAGUUGGCAAAUGUGAAUUUUAAGCUCCGAGGUCUGUUUUCACUGAUCGUCCAACUCAGCAGCAAAUAAAAUAAUCUCACGUGACUAUUUAGUUGCACAUGGAAAUGUAUAUUGGAAUGCCCUAUUUGCAACCAAAAACCUCCUGAGCACUGAAGUCCUAUGGGAAUAAUAAUGAUUUAGUGGAAUAAAAGUUAAAACAAUGGCCUUCACAUUUUGAGGACUGAAGUUUCUAUAUUUGAAUUAAAUUCUCCCUAUGUAUUAGCUGUCUAUUUACAUAGACUUAAACCAGUUCUUAUUGAGAAUAUGUACACAACACAAAAUUAUUUUUGGGCCAUGAUACAGAAAUUAAGCUGUUAUAUGGGAAAGCUUUUCCUGUUUAAUAUCAUUCACUCAGGUAUCCAAUGCCAGAUUGAAUUGAUCCUUGCCUUAGCACUGUCAAAUGGACAAAAUUCAGAACUUUUUACCCUUUAAUUUUUUUUUUCUUAAGCAGAUCAGACUUGGAGAUUUGCUUUUAUUCUGAAUCUGUGGAUAAUUACCUAAAACAUACUGCUUUGCUAUGAAGAAUCACCAAUGAAUGGUUGAAGCAGCAAACAUCCAUUUGUAAUAUUCGAUCCUACGUAAUUUUAAUUGUACAAACCAGCAAAAAAUUUAGGUCAAAGUUAUGAAACUGUUAAUUGCUAGUCAGUUCAGAAACUGCAGGAUUUAACCAGAUCACCAUCAAAUAUUGAGGACAUGGAACUGAAACACUGGACAAACUUAAUGUGAAUACUCUGGGAUUGCUGCUUUAAUUCAUUAAUAGUUAAAACCUUCUUUUCAGUUUGUUAAUUUCUCUUUAUCCCUCCAAAACUGUUAGAUGGAGAUAUUUUAAACACUAGUGACAGUGUAUUUGGACAAUGCAAUGGGAAGUUAUCAACUAGUUGGAAAGGUUGGAAUUAGUUACUUUUCCUCCUGUAAGUAAUAUGUACUUAGCCACAAGUCCUUAUUCAGCAAAGUAUCAAGUUAGACUAAUAAAGGAUGUUCAUUCAGCUGAAUUAUUUAAUGUUUAUUUUGAAAGUGAAUUCCCAAUAAUAAAAUGGCCAAUUUAAAAAGUAAAAUAAUUUAUUGGAUUCAAAUGUAUUAAUUUUUUCUAUAAUAAAGACCUAUU